CCUUAUAAAGGGCAGCCGGCACUGAGCGGAUCACAACCUCGACAGAACAAAGCGUAUCCUCAGAGAACAACCAGAGAAAACUGAUAGGAUGUCUGACGCGCCUUGCACGUGUAACCUGGGCGACUCCUGUACCUGCGGAGACAAUUGCAAAUGUAAAGACUGCAAGUGUACAUCGUGCAAGAAGAGCUGCUGCGUCUGUUGUCCCGUCGGCUGCAGCAAAUGUGCUCAGGGCUGUGUAUGCAAAGGAGCCAGUGACAAAUGUAGCUGCUGUCAGUAAAGAUCAUCACUGGAGACUUGUUUUAUAAUGUGAACUGCUGACUUUUAGUCCUUUGUAUGAUUACUCAUAAAUGGGAAGGGGUUGUUACAAUUAAUAUUUUAAUGCAUUUUUGUACUUUGUUUUUGGACAUGUUCAAUUGCAUUUGAUUAAUAAAUUCUGUUUCUAAAAACCAA